CGGCCGGCUCGGUGGGUUUUUCUCCAAGUCAUGGUUCGACCAAGAGGAAAAGAUAUAAAGGGGAAGAAAAAGAAAAAGGGGGUUUAAAAAAUGUCAUGUUUCUCAUGUACUCGUUUCCGUCUUUCUGGCCCAUGUCUCUCGGGGGAGGUUGUAACGGCCAAGUGCAAAAUUGUUUUACAAUUAGUCUGGACUCCUCGGUUCUCUUGCCUCGCACCCACGUAGAAGAAAGAUACAAGAUAGAGGAACACUUUAGUAGACCAUCUACGUCGCGAGAGGAAUUCACACACAAGAAUGUUUUUGGAUGUAGACUCAAGACGGCGAGUAAUACCAGGCUUGCUAUGGCUAGAUUCAAAGACACGGUCGAAGAAAUGGAAACGAACAAAUACAACGAAGUUCAAAAUAAUCUUGCAAUACAUAGAUCAAAUCCGCUUAAAUUCAUCCAAAAAAAAAAGAUAAUCGACAGGAAUGUCUAUUUGCCCAAUAACCUUCCAAGAGAAGGGAAGGGGUGUGUGAGGAAAUCGGAAAGGAGAGGGAGGGACGAAGAAGAAUAAAAAGAAAAGAAAGAAAGAAAGAAAAAAGAGAGGGAGUGAAAGGAGCAAUUGCGGUGACAGGGCAAGAAAUCAAGAAUGAAAAGAGGGAGAGGAAACACAACAAACAAAGGGAGGGAAACAGAAAUGUACAAUGGUAUAUAUCAUAACAGCCCGUGCGAUCGGAUGGGUUUAAUAGGCAAACCCAUAUCCCGGAGUGGUCGCUUUGCGCCCAUCAGGAGACCCCCGAGACUCUCGGCUUUGUCGGCUCAAGCUUCGACCAUGUCGAUCGUCCAAGCCGUUAGCGGGGUCUACUAGACGG